AUGUCAACACUAGAACACAACCGCGCGGCUCUCGCUGCCCCUGAUUCCUCCACAUCCCACAUCCAGCCCCUUCUCCCCGAUGAGAGCUUUUUCCCAGAGAUUGACGAUUUCUACAUUCCCGACUCCGCCGAACGUCUCGCCGGGUGUACCCAUAUCCAAAUUCGGGAGAGAAUCUGUCAGAUCCAGGAGCGACUUAAACGGAGCAAAAAGCAAUCUACCCAAUACCUCCUCAUCAUCGAUGCCCACGAGGACCUCCACGCCAAGCUUUUCGAGAGAAAAAUUGGUGGAGCGCGAGCAACUGUGUCUGGUCAAAGGAUACUCUUUCGCAUCAUGCCUAGGACACCUCAUGAAAGGCUUGUUUCCAGCAUCCCAAUGUGGCUUGCUCAGGCAAUGCAAGCAGCAGGCAUCCCUAUGUCUUCCGAUGUAUGGCUACCAACCGGCGCAUCACAAAAGAAUGGGAGAUUCUGUGGGAGGCAACCCGACCAUGGCAUAGUCCCAGGAGCUAAUUAUCGAAUGCUCCCACGGAGUGACUAUGACGCCGGGUUGGAUGGCAGUCAGCUUGAAGCAGCUUGGCCCUCUAUAGUGAUAGAAGCCGCUUACAGUCAGUCCUUUCGGAGCCUUCGCACGACCGCCAAAUGGUGGUACAACAACUCGGGCCGCCAGACUAAAUUGGUCUUGCUCUUCGAUCUUCGACGAACCCCGACGUUUUCUGUUCACAUUCAACUUUGGCAGGAGGUCAUGACAUCCCAUGCCGGACGUACCUUACGAUCUGCUGUCGCUUCCCCCUUGCCCCAGGUUCUCAUCCCGCAGCUGAAUUGCACUCAAUCCACGUACUUUGACAGCCAUCACGAUCCUGCACCCAUAACACUGGAUUACUCCCAACUUAUGAGAGAGCCGCUCCCCAAUGGCAAAUCUAACAUUGUACUCACGACGCACAUGUUACGGGAAAUUUGUCGACCACCAUGGUGA